AUGUUCACCAAUAUUGCCGAUGGCCUAAAGGUCAACCAGACCGUGAAACAAUUCACCAUGAGACUUACUGCAGCUUGUGUACCGGUACCUCUUACUACAGCUCGUGUAACUCAUGCAAACGACGUAAAGGAUGUGAUGAAAAUCUUUGCGGAUGCCAUGAAGCACAACUAUUGCCUCACCAAGUGCAAAUUGAACAUUGGCAUUUGGGUCCCUCGUCCUACCGGGCUGGGCUCAGAUUAUGUCGUUCUGCCUCUGGAAUCAUGGGAUGCAACCCGCAUGAUUGAAAUGUACACCAAGCUCAACCAAGAUGGGCUCCGCUCCAAGCUAGAGCGUGAAGAAUGCAACAAUCCCCAUCUUUGGACCCACGCUCUGGGCACCUUUGCCGAUGACCUGGAUUGUAUAUUCACGUACGUUGGUGCAGAUCAAUCCUAUGUGUCUCUCUCAAAUGGAGUCUUUGUGGAGUAUCUGGAGUGA